AUGUCGGCGGCGGUGCGUCCGGUGCGCGAUGCGCUUCGUCGCCUCCACGGCGCCUUCAGCCUCGAGCUGCAGAACGAGGGCAGCGUGGCGCGCGACCAUCUCGCCUCGGAACGCACCUUUCUCGCCUGGCUCCGCACCAGCCUCAGCCUGGUCAGCAUCGGAAUUGCCGUGACACAGCUGUUCCAGCUUCCGUCGCUCGUAGGAACACCAGACGCACACAAUGGCGCUGCGUACCUCGACUUUGAGGCUAAACUCUUGGGUCAAGAUGCCGUGCUGCCUCCACACAUCCUCCUCUCCCAGAGACUCGCCAGCAUCGCAAAGCUCGGCAAACCGCUCGGUGGCUCGUUCAUCCUGCUCGGCGUGAUUGCACUCGGCCUCGGCUGCUACCGAUACUUUGCCGUCCAAGCCACGCUCGUCCAGGGCAAGUUCAUACCCUCCCGACUCGGAAUCUCGGCGAUAGCGUUCCUCGUCGGCGCGCUCGUCGUCGCUGCCACAGCAGUCAUCCUUGCUGGACGACACACUUACUAG